CCUAUAUAUAAAUGACUAAUAAUCGCCAGCUGCGUCUUUUGUUAUCAUUAUUGAUUAUGUUUUGUAGGUGACAAGAAUACAGCACAGGCCUGUUGUUUAAUCAUAAAAUUACGUGACCAUCAUGCAGUUGAAUGAGGUGAAAGAAGCAGCGCUGUUGUCGUGGAUCAACAGUGUUUAUCCUGAGGAGCCCUUGACCAAAAUCAUCCAGAUGAUUGAUGGCCAUCGACUCCUUCAGUUUGCCUACAGAGUGCAGGGGAAAGAUUUCUGUGAUGGUUUGCUGGUGUCACCGUCUCCUAAUGUGAUGGAAAUGAUCUUCAGUAUGCUACAGGCUGACUUCCAGUUCAGCUCGAGACAGGCCUUCCUCAUGUUAUGGAAAAUCAGUCAGGGAGUGGAUCUGGAGCUUCAGCUUGCCAAGGUGAUCCUUGUUCUUUGUUAUUGUGGUUUUAAAACAUACAACAUGGUGCCUUUGGACACAAAGACAGGGUUGAUGAUCGCAUCCAUGUUUCACUUCGUAGAAGAUGAUGCUGAUGGUCUGUCCUUAGACGAAGGCCUAGAUCGAUUCCUCACCAAAGCAUCUGUCAUGACUUUCUCCACCUCCAGCAGCGAGAACAGCUGCUGCUCGCCUUCAUACACCGAUGACGAGUCCCUGAUCUUCAGCCAAGGCCGAAACCCUCGCAGAGUUCAGUUUCAAGAGCAUUUCACCGUGUCCUGCAGCUCCGUCAGCUCUCCAGUGCAGGAGGUUAUGAGCACGCCUCAGUUGUUAAAGAGACUCUGGAAAGAACUGGCACAUGAAGGAGAUUUGAGAGACAAGCUCAAGAAAGAGCUGAACAAUCAGAUCGGCGUCAAUUUGGAGAAAGAGGGUGUGAUUUCACAGUUACAGCACCGGGUGGAGCGAAUGCUGCGGGAACAAGGAGAGCUGGAGGAGGAGCAUAAAGCUGCACUUCUGGAGCUCCAGGAGAAGAACGAGAGAGUGCAUCAGGUUGUAAAGCAAUGCCAAGACUUGAAAACUGAAAACACUGAGAAAAAGAAAAUGAUGGAUGUAUUAACAAAGGAGAACCAAACUUUUGCUUCUCAGAUUUCCCUAAAAGGUGAAGAAAUCUCAAAUUUGAGGAACAAGUAUGACACUCUAGACCAUGAGCUGAAGCUUGUGAGGGAACAAAAUAUUGAUUUAAAAGAAGUGAUCAAAUCAAAUUGCCGAGAGCAUGAGGACACGGUUAAUAAACUUCAGCAAGAGCUUGACUCUGCUUCAGUUGCUUCAGAAAAAGAAGAAAUGCUGGGUCUGUCAGUGGAGCUAACGUCUCUUAAAGAGCAGAUCUGUCGUUACAGUGAAAAUGAAGUGAAGAAACAACAAGAACGGUCUGUUUUAGAGGCUCAAAAAAGUGUGUUGAAGGAAAAAUGUACGUCUCUUCAGAAUCAGAUGACCGAAGUGAAGGAAUCUGAGCUUAAACUGGAGCUUUGCCAUCAAACAAUGCUAAGAGUAAAAGCUCAGGAGCUCGAGAUGACUGUGAGGGAACAUCACAUCGAAAUCUCCGCUCUUGCCUCCGAGAGAGACACUCAAAUAAAUUCUCUUAAAGUUGAAAUGAAGAACCAACAUCUGAGAUCCGAGAGGCUUCGAGCUCAGCUGGAGCUGAAGGUGGAAAAGCAAAACGGCUCCAUUCUUGCUCUUAAAAACAUGGCUCGACAAUGGGAGCAGCAGAAUGAGGAGCUCCUGGAGAAGCUCAAGAUCAUGUUCACACAGUUACAGCAUUACAGCAGUAAAAACAAGGAGGCAUGGGAGAUGAACAAGUCUCUCGUGAACUCCCUUCAGGCCAACAGGAGAGAAGUCGAAGAUCUUCAGAUGGAACGAGAGCAGGCCGAGGCCAAAGUCAAAAGCUUGGAGGCUCGGUUGGACUCUGCUGAAAGGCAUCUGCAGGAGGUUAGGAAGAUGACCGAUGACACUGAGGAUGUGAGAUGCAGGGAAACACCGCAGGACACCAGCAAUGACAGCUUGAACUUUGAGCUGAACGAUUCGUUUAAUGCUAAUGCACAAGAUGUGUCUGGUAUCGGAGUGGAGGAUAAACCAGAGCAUGCUGCUGACGACUGGAUGCGUGUCGCAGAACUACAGGCUCGAAACAAAGCCUGUCUGCCUCACAUGAAGAGCAGCUACCCGCUGGAGUCCAGGCCCACUGUGGGGCUUCCCUCAUUCACAUUAACGGAUGAGGACCUACGGAUGGGUGACCCGAAAGAGAGCAUGCGGCGUGCAGCUUUACACCUGCAUGAAUCCCAGACUCUCAGACCACCAGGAUCCCUGCUGCAUGACCUGAACACACCUGAGGUACGACUCAACCAGGACAGAAAACACCCUGAUCGACCAAAUAUGAUCCUCAACAACAACAACAAAAAACACAUGCAGACUUAUUUCUCACAGUACAUUGGCACAGGUGAGGCAAAGAAGUUGGCGAGCUGCAUCUCUCGGACCAUGAUGCUUAAGAGCAGGCAUGCUAACAGACUUACAAAUGCCGAGCUUAAGGGAAGGCAGUCUGUUAUGUUCACCAUUGUUAACACACCAAAACACCAAAGAGGUAGCUUGCUGCAGCGAGGCCUGAAGCGUCGUAAGGAAGCCUGUAAGUCUCCCACAGCGGCCAGUCGUGCCCUGCAGCCUGCGAGGAGCACUGCUAACAGCAGAUCGCCGCUCUCACUGAGAAAAUGUCCUCGCAACAAGUCUCAGAAAAAGGGAGAGCAGGAGAACUAACUCAGCUGAUCGUCUUUCCUGACUGGAUGUAUCUGCUGUUAUGUGGCAAUACACUUUAAUAUUGUUUAAUUCUGAUUUCUUUCUCCACACGUGAUUUCUUACUUGUCCAGGAUCGUUUUAGUUUCUUUUCUGUUCACUUUGUAAAUUGAUUGAAUGUGUUUUUUGAAUAAUGUAUUUAAAUAAAAGAUUUUUGUGAUGAA